AUGAGUGAUAAUAUAGUUGUAAAAGUCUUUGGAUUUCAUCGAACCGUCAAAGACGAAGAAGUCAAUCAAGUGUUUGCGAAGUAUUCUCCGCUCUCUGUAGAGAUUCCCCGUUAUAAUGAAGACACUCCAUUAAGUUGUUGCACCUUUGAAGUCUCCAAUAAAAAUGUCAACGCUCUUAUUUCCACGAAAAACGGGUCGGCAUUUAAUGAGUACAAAUUGAAAGCGUGUGUGUGUGAGAAACUGCAAUGGACGAGUAAAAUCCGAGCGAGUCACUUUGGUCCGAAUGUCAGUGACGAGGAGAUGCAAAACUGUUUUAAAGAAUUUGACAUCACAAACUUCGAAAGAAUAGUUGGGAAGAAGGGGGAGACUAAAGGAAACAUUGUGAUUGUCACUGUCGAUGAUAUCGAAACAGCCAAAUUGAUUAAAAAAAAUAUGAACAAAAAGAAAAUUGGAAACGACUCUUUUAAAGUCCACAUUGAUAAUUACGAAAUUGAAAAAAAGACGAAAUGUUUCAUAUGUGGGUUGGAAGGUCAUUUGGAAGGGGACUGCCCAAAAAGAUUGGAAAUAGAGAAGUCGAUGGAUAAAAAGGUUCAACAAAGUAUGAAAAAUACAGAGAAGAAAUCGGGAGGAAAUAUUCGAAAUAAAGAUACAAAGGAAAUCAAAAAGAAUUCAAAAAAUACAAAGAAUGUAAAGAAACAGAGUAAAGAAAAGAGUGGAAAUACAUCAAGUGAUGAUUCGAGUAGUAACAGUAACGAGAGUAGUAGUGAUACCAAGUAA